CAUAGAGAUAGAGCAACCCCGUACACACUGCCUUUACUAUUCCUUGCUGAGAGAACAGCCCCAAUCCUCAGUUCCCUCUACACCAUUGCGACGCUCAACAGCUCCGAUCCAGCGACGACAUCCGCUUUAAGAUAUUUCUUCGACGUCAGCUGGAGCUGCUGGGGCUUUCCAAUUUUAUUUUGAGUUCAAGGCAACCACGUUUCUCUCUCUUCGUAUAGUUCGUGAUUCUUACAAGCUCAAAGUUAGUGUUAUGCAAUGAUUUGGAUUUUCAGAUUUUCUAAAUAGGGUACCCAUUGGAGAUAUUGAAUUGCUUUCUGAGCAAACUAAGAGAUGGCAAGUGAGGAAGAGAGUGCCGUGAAGGAGCCGUUGGAUCUGAUACGGCUCAGCCUCGACGAGCGCAUCUACGUCAAGCUCCGCUCCGACCGUGAGCUCCGCGGUAAACUCCAUGCUUAUGAUCAACACUUGAAUAUGAUUCUUGGUGAUGUUGAAGAAAUUGUUACUUCUGUAGAAAUUGAUGAUGAAACUUAUGAAGAGAUUGUCCGGACGAAAAAACGGACUGUUCCCUUUCUCUUUGUCAGAGGAGACGGGGUCAUCCUUGUUUCACCUCCCCUAAGAACAGCUUGAUUUAAUUACUUCUAUUGGGAAAUCAAUUGUUGGACAUUUAACAAAUCUCUCUCUCUGUUAUUCUACUUUUAUAUUUCUAAAUGAAUGAGAUUUUUUGAAUGGCAGUACGUAGGAUCAAAUUUUCAAC